AUGUCCAAUCAGCAAGAUUCUUGGUCUGCUCAACAGCGUCCGAUUGGUCAACAAUUCAACCGCCAACACCCACCAGUUCUCCCACCCCCUUCCACUUUAGAACAAGGAGGUCAACAAUUUUACCCUUUGCCUAGUUUGCCAAGUCUUGGAAAUGGAAGUGGCCACCCACAGCAUGGACACCAGUUCACCAUCCCAUCUAUUAACCCUGUCAAUGAACCAGCUCCACUUGGACAGAAUUCAGACCACCCCGGACCAAACACUGAUAUUAGAAGACCAUCCGGAGUUGGAGUUGGGUUCGGAACCCCUGGAAGUGCUCCAUUACCACCACCAGCAUCCUUAGCCAACAUGAAUUCGGAGGGACCGAUUAUAAACAACGAGAUUGGUGCAUCGCAACAACAUAUUCCCCAUCCGCAACAGCAGCAACAACAGACACAACAAGCUCAGCAGAUUCCUUCUCAGCACCAAAUUCCGCAACAGAAUACAUCAAGCACAUCACAACUUCAGCAACAACAUCAUCAUCAAGGUUCGCCUUUGGGAGGUAGUUCAGCACCUGUUGCGGGUCUUCCUAAUAGAUCUACCACCAGCAAUGUUUACAGACCGUUGAAUGUCAAAGAUGCUUUAUCUUAUUUGGAUCAGGUAAAAAUUCAAUUCUAUAACCAAGCAGAGGUCUAUAACAAUUUUCUUGACAUUAUGAAAGAUUUCAAGUCGCAAAGUAUUGAUACUCCUGGGGUUAUUGAUAGAGUAUCAACCUUGUUCAAGGGUCACCCGAACUUGAUCCAAGGAUUUAACACGUUCUUACCUCCUGGGUAUAAGAUCGAAUGUUCUAUGGACCCGUCAGAUCCAAAUCCUAUUCGCGUAACUACCCCCACAGGCACAACUAUCAGACCUAAUAUUUCUGUGGCUGCUUACAAUCAGGAGUGGGGUAACGACGAGGUCUCGGCCGUUGCAACAGCAGCUCAACAACAACAGCAGCAGCAGCAACAGCAGCAGCAACAGCAGCAACAGCAGCAAAUCAACGACUCGGCUAAUCAAGCAAAUGGAUCUGGUCAAAUCGAUUUCAACCACGCAAUCACCUAUGUCAACAAAAUCAAAACCAGAUUUGCUAAUCAGCCAGAUAUCUACAAGCACUUUCUUGAGAUUUUGCAAACUUAUCAAAGAGAACAGAAACCGAUUGCUGAGGUUUACGAGCAGGUUACAGAAUUAUUUUCAGGUUGUCCGGAUCUUUUGGAUGAUUUCAAACAAUUUUUACCUGAUACCAGUAAUCAAGGGUAUACUCAGCAGCAAGUGCAGGAGAAACACAUUGUUGGCAAUGGAAAUCAGUUACCUCCUGUUGGAAACUUUGGACCCGUUGGACCUAGCCCAUCUCAAUCUCCUUACGGGCAACAAAAUCAACGUUUGCAAGGACUUUCCAGUUCUGCGUUGGAUCAUCAAAAAGGUGCCUUUGACACGGUUCCAGGUGUUCAAAACUUUCCACGCAAGAAAUCGGUUGUCGAUGCUGCUGCUGAAGCAGAAAGAUAUAGCCAAGAAGUUCAAUACUCCGGUGUUCGUUCUGGGUUGAUUGAUCCCAGACAGAACAAGGUUGCCAUGCGUCCCGGUGUUGGUCCUGGCCAAGUGGCCGUUACCACACCAGCGAAUCCGACUUUGAUUCCGGGCAUUCCGGAACCUGUUCCUCCCCCAGGAACGGCCAAAUCAUCGUCACUUUCUGAAGAGAUCGGCUUUUUCGAUAAAAUCAAACGUGCCUUGGGAAAUAAGCAAACAUAUGGCGAGUUUUUGAAGUUAUUGAAUUUGUUCACACAGGAUAUUAUUGACAAAGAUACCUUGGUUGAACGUGUGGACGCAUUUUUGGGUGAUUCCAACGCUGAUUUGUUUGAGUGGUUCAAGUUAUUCGUCGGUUACGAAGACAAACCACAGAACUUGGAGAAUAUCGCCUUCAAGAAACAUGCUUUGGAACUCUCAUUGUGUAAGGCUUAUGGACCAUCCUAUAGACAGCUACCAAAAGCCGAGACAUUUAUGCCAUGUUCCGGUCGUGACGAAAUGUGCUGGGAAGUUUUGAAUGAUGAAUGGGUUGGUCAUCCUACUUGGGCUUCGGAAGAUUCUGGUUUCAUCGCUCAUCGCAAAAAUCAAUAUGAAGAGAUUUUGUUCAAAAUCGAAGAGGAAAGACUUGAGUUUGAUUAUUAUAUGGAGUCGAACUUACGCACAAUUCAAAUAUUAGAAACGAUUGCAAAUAGGAUUGCAAACAUGACCCCUGAACAAAAGGCGAACUUCAAGUUACCUCCUGGUUUGGGUCACAAUUCAACCACGAUUUAUAAAAAGGUGAUCAGAAAGAUUUACGAUAAAGAUCGCGGGUUUGAAGUCAUUGAUGCAUUGCACGAAAACCCGGCAAUUGCAGUUCCCAUUGUAUUGAAAAGGUUGAAACAAAAGGAUGAGGAGUGGAAGCGUGCACAAAGAGAGUGGAAUAAAGUGUGGAGAGAAAUGGAACAAAAGGUUUUUUACAAAUCUUUGGACCAUUUGGGUUUGACUUUCAAACAAGCCGAUAAGAAACUACUCACAGCAAAGCAAUUGGUAAGUGAAAUUAGCACUGUUAAAGUGGAGCAACAAAAUAAAAGGCUCCAUCCACUUACGCCCAAGCCACAGGAGCAAUUAAACUAUACAUUUGGUGACAAUGAAGUUUUGUUUGAUAUUUUGAAACUAGCAAAUGUUUUCAUAAACCGCUCAUCAACAUACUCAGCGUAUGAUAGAGGGAAAUUGACCCAGUUUUUCAAAUUUUUUGUUUCCUUGUUUUUCGGAAUCCCAACCGAGAUCGUGGAGAAAGCUUUAGCGAAAAGAGGAGGCUUUGAAAGUAAUGACGAGAACGAAGACGAAGAAUCUGCCAGUGCUCAGAAUAAUGUUUUAGAAUCUUCGAAAAAGAGAGCUCGGGAAUCGGACUUGUUAAAGGAUGUCUUGAAGAAAGCUUCCAAGUCCAAAAAAGAUGAGCGAGCGGAAUCUCCGGGUCCACAAGCUUCCGAAAAUAUUACUCAAGACUUGAAUGAUGAGCUUGAAAGAUCGAGCGAGUUGUGGGUGAAAUCAGCAAACACAAAGUAUUCUCAAAUUGAGGAGGCAGCAUCCCAGAAGAAACGCAGCAAAUUCAAUUUGUUUUGCAAUACCACAAUCUACGUUUUUUUCCGUCAUUUGACAAUCUUGUACGAAAGGCUUUUGGAAAUAAAGAAUAUGAAUGAGGUGGUUGAGAAAGAUAUAAAAGACCGAAAAUAUCCUCAAUUUGCAAAAGAUUUGAACCUUCUUUCCCAUCAAUUGGAAGAUAUGGGAGUUAAUAUUGUUGGAACAAAGGAUUGUUACCAGCAAGUUUUGAACCUAGCUAGUAGAUUGAUUGAGGGCGACAUUGAACACCAAUGGUUUGAAGAGAGCUUGCGUCAGGGUUACAAAAACAAAGCCUACAAAAUGUACACAAUUGAUAAGGUGAUUCAAGCUUUGGUUAAGCAUAUGCACACCAUGGUUACAGAUGCAAAAACUUCUGAAAUCGUGGUGCUAUUUGAGAAUGAUCGUAUUAAGCCCACUUCCAGUGCCAAAGAACAGAUCCUUUACCGCAUUCAAGUACGGAGCUUAAUGUCAGCUGAUGAAAACAUGUUCAAGAUUACAUACAAUGAAGACACACAUAAAGCCAAUAUUCAGUUCAUCAGUUUAGAUGAUCUCACCUUGAAUGACCAGGUCACUACUGAAGAACAGUACAAUUAUUAUGUCACCAGUUACAUAAUGUCACAUCCCACAGAGGGUGUUCCAGCCUCGAAAUUGAACAUGCCAUUCUUGAAAUCUUUUAUUGAGCUGGUGGAUGAGGACGACGUUGAAGGACGUGUUGUUUCAGAGUUGAAGGUUACAGUGGCUGAAAACUCAUACCGCUUAUAUUUUGAGGGUGACUCUCAUGAUGAGUUUGUCUCCAAUUCGGUCUAUAAGAAGCUGGUCGAUCCAAGUGCUAAUAAGGAUGAUAAGGUGGCAUCUUUGAAGGCCUUGGUAGAUGGAGAAUAUGGAUGGAAGUCGACAUUAGGCGAAGGUGAAGAUAAUACUGUUGCGGAGAGCGCCACACGUAUAUUGUUCGAAGACGGCGGUGCCAAAUUUAAAAACCAUUUGAAGGAGUUGAGUUCGAAAGAUGAGACUGAAGCAGUACCAGGUGAGAGAAAUGAUGAUGAUGAUGAUGGAGAUAACACGGACUCCAAAGAGAGUCCGAACGACAAACCGGAAGAGUCGUUGGAGGGGAAGAAAACAGAGGGAGAAAGCAAAGGUGAUGUAAAUUAG